UGUCAGAGUGUACCAAGUAUGACGUACGUAAAUAUCCAGUGUUGUAUUACGUGGUGAUUCGACCAUGCGGUACUUAUAAUCGUUCCACUUUUCAACACCCAACACAGAAAUGAUGAAAUGUUGAUGAUGAUGUCGGCUCGUAAGGAACUCUAUGAUAGGACAAUUUAGUGGAUAUUUAUAUCCUGCAACGGCGUAUGGUCAGUGGAUCAAGGGGAGGAACUCGUCAUGAAAAAUUGACCAAUGGAUGACAUCAUAUGAUAAGGUAAAAGUAUAUGGUGUAUAAAAGGCAGUAAUAAGACGUCUCAUUCUGACCAGCACGAGACGGCAUCAAAAUCUUCAUGUCACAAUGAUUACCUGUGAUGUUACAUACAUACGUUUUGUAUUGACUUUAUUAAUUGGGAUCACCGUAUCAACACCUGUGGACACAGACAAGAUACAUCUGGAGAAGCUGUCCACUGUGUACCUGCCUUACAGGUAUGAGAAUGAAGAAGGACAGUUCAGAUAUCCCUCUGGCGCUGCAGAACAGACAGCUUACGAUCCCGCCCAGAAAACCGUCUAUACUGUUGGUGGAGGUGUUCUACACGUCCUGGAUAUCAGGGAUGUUUCUAACCCGGCCAUUUUAUACUGGGAACAGUUCGAUACAGUAGGUCUUACUGACGUGGAAGUCUGUGGUGACCAUCUGUUUGUGGCAGAAGACAAUAUCCAAGACAAAGAAAAUGGCGUCGUUCGUGUAUAUAAAAAAUACAACAAAAAUACACAAACAUUGGAGAAGGUUCACACAAUCACAGUUGGUUCGCUGCCGGACAUGGUGUACCCCACGUCCGAUUGCCAGACCGUGAUUGUGGCUUUAGAAGCCGAAGCCUAUAACAAUGGUUCUCACUUCGUCGACCCAGAAGGUGCUGUAGGGAUAAUUAAAUUCACGACAGGUGUGGAGGGGGCAUAUCAGUACACGAAACUCGACUUCAGAAAGUUUAACGACAGGUGGCAGGAGCUAGUAUCUCGUGGAGUCCGGUUUAUCUACAGGGAAAACAACAACUCGUUCUCUAAUGACGUUGAGCCGGAGUAUAUCACAUUGAACAAGGACGAGACCGUGGCGUACAUAUCUCUUCAGGAGAACAAUGCUAUAGCCGAGGUGGACAUUGUCAAUCAAAAUAUCACGCACAUCCAUCCUCUUGGGUUCAAAAACUGGACUGAUUUUGAUUUUGACGCAAGCGACAAAGAUCAAAAAAUCAACAUACGUCCGUGGCCGGUGAUGGGUAUGUACCAGCCAGACUCCAUCAAGGUGAUGUAUAUAAAAGGAAAACCAUACCUUGUGACAGCCAACGAGGGAGACGCUAAAGACUACUCGGACAUUACAGGAGCUGGAGGUUUUACAGAGGAAACGAGGGUCUCAGCUCUUACCUUAAAUGCAUCUUCCGAUGUAGUUCAGUGGGCCGACUUGAACGGAUACAAUAACACUCUGAGCAAGGAUGAAAAUUUAGGACGUUUGAAGGUUACUAAACUAGAGGGAAAAUCUGGUGAUGCCUACAACGCUUUGUACGCUUUCGGAGGCAGAAGUAUAUCAAUACUCGACCUUAAUACAUUUGAACGAGUUUACGACAGCGGGGGCGACAUUGAAAAAAUGAUUGCACAACAGGAAACCGCAUUGUUCAAUUCCAAUGGGGAAGACAGGAACGACAUUGUUUCUGUAAUGAAGGAUUCCCGAUCUGAUGACAAGGGUCCUGAGGUUGAGGACUUGGCUGUUGCUCAGAUAGGGGAUCUGAUGCUUCUGUUUGUUGGAAUAGAAAGACCUGGCUUCAUUGCGAUAUAUUCUAUACCGGGCGAUGUCGGCUCUAUACAGUUCGAGAGCGUGUAUUCCGGUAUACCCAGAACAAACGACACUUUUGGCAACCUGUACGACCAGAGAGAGCUUAGUGAAAAAGAUCCAGAGGAUAUCAGGUUCAUUGGUGCACAGGACAGCCCAACCCGCCAAUGCUUACUGAUGAGUUCUGGAUCACUCAGUGGUACCAUUUCAAUUUUCAAGAUAAAGGGAUUGAAAGACACAGGGAUGACUAACAUGGGAACUCGUGUCAUUGAACAAGUCGGCAUGUGUAAUAUAGGAAUAAUGUUACUCUUAAGUAAAAUAAUAUUACUAUAGGAUAAUUAUAGCACAUGAAAGAAAACAUGUUUUGACGUCAACAGUACAGAAGAAAAGUAGAGUUUCGUUCAUCAAGACCUGUUCGUUUCCAACAUAAUUCGGCGAAUUGUUAAAAAGCAAACUAACGGACACUUCGAAUAGGAAUAUCCAAAUCUUGUGAUAAGUCAACAAUCAUUAUUGAUUACCGAGGCGUGAAUAUUUCAUUACGGAUGAUUACAUUUCGUUGUAGGGGAAUAAGAAAUGUCGGCGAUAGUACAAGAGCAACCGCUACAUCCCGUACAAAAACACUGGAGUCAAACAAUGACGUUAAAUCGAACUUUUCCAGGAAGGUCUUCUUUUCAGAUGACAGUAUUUGAAAUUUUCUCCUACCUCAUCACUAUCAAUUUUACGCUAUUUUGGGAUGCAAUUUUUUUUGUUUGCUUGUUAGAAAGUUUAUACAUGAGAUAAAUGUUUACGCUGGUAGCCAAAUAAACCUGUCAUUCAAUUUUA